CUCUCUUGUUUGCGGGGUCUGCUUUGACGCUUGGAGAUCCUCAGCGCGCUGCCCACAGACCCGACUAUCAUUCACAUUCUUUCUCUUCUUCUUCUACCGCUCGCAAUCUUAUUUACGACCUCUUACGACUGUGUGUUUCUUUUAACGACUAACGACGGUUCGCAGACGGUUGACGAUUAACGACCCUUAACGAUACAAUAACGACAUUUUCGACUGGGUAGCAGAGCCUGUUCUACAAGCCCAUCAAAACUCCUUUUCAUACAGAAUCUUCAACGCCUAUUGUUUAUAUACACAUCUUCCACACACACCACCUUCAAACUCCCCCCCGCCUUACUGGGCGCCCUUUUGCCGUCGUCUCACCCACCCACCACUAUCUUCCAUCCAGUCCUUUACACACGCUCUUCGCCGCCUUCUUUGCCACAAACACAGCGUAGAAAAUCUUUCAACGUUUGUGCUCUUUCCUACCAACGACAAGUCUUCUGACAAGACUGACUGUAUAGGUCCUUGUAUCUCUGUAUCUUGUCCUUCUUUUUCCCUCUUGUCAAUGCUACCCUUCUUCUACCGUUCACGACUUUAAUGACAUCUAGACGUUUUUAUUGUCAGAUUCAUCGAUACGACCGUACGAUAUUACGACUCAAGAGAGACGAAAUCACGCGCGUUACUUGUCUUAUAUCACCGUUCCUCGCACAAACACAUAGCGGUUAGUGCCUCACGUUUCAUCGCUUAUCGCGCACCGCCUACUUCAUAUAUAACUAUCCCCCAGCAUGGCAAAUCCUUUCCUUCUAUCCCCCAACAGGCAAUCCCGUCACUCUAAUUCUCUCCAUCCUACCUCCAACCAGCCAACGGGUGUUGGCAAUAACAGUGGCUUCAAAGCCUCUUUGAGAAAGAUCCCAUCUGCCCUGUUCCAUAAAGAUAAGACGCCAGUGAAGGAGAAGCCAGGAAGGAGGAAGCUUCAAGUGCAUUCUGAACAGCCUUACUCUCACAUGGGCAUGUCCCCAUCGCCUCGUGUGUCUCGACAAACCAUUGAAACCGAUAACAAAUCGAAGACCAGGACCAAGGCUAAGCCUCGAAAAGGCCUCGCCGAAUUGUUUAGUUGGGGUAAUCAUUCCCGCACCCAACCAGCUCAGCCAGAUCAACCAAUCAAGACUUUGGUUCCUGUUCCUACACCAAAAGACUCUAUGAUGUUCAAAAAACACAAGCGGCCUCCUUCGACCAAGUCCAACUCCUCUCACUUAAUCUCUCUUCGUCCGCCCGUCGAGUCUGACAUGCCUUCAAGGCCUAGCAUGGGUGAUGAUCCGUUUGUGAGACCUCAGGAGGGUGCUAAGGUGGUUGAUCAAGUUCUGAGGCAUGGAACACCGUCCUUGAGGAGCAUGACGCCGCUGGAUAAGAGAUCAAGUGUUACGUCCAGCAUGGCGUUGUCCUGUAAGACUGCGCUCAAUGACGAGAGAAGCGUCAAAGAUGUUCAUGAUGUGCCUGCUUUUAACCCAACAAUACAUGCUACCCAACAACGUCGUGUAUCGGCAACUUUACAAACAACGUUAAAAGACCUUCAUUCUAGUGCUGCUUCCGUAAUCAAGGUUACUGACAGUGCAUCCAAGACGUUCGCACCAUUGCCCGACGCUCCUGAGGCUCCAGUGAUCGUGGUUGAGCCUCCAAAAAAGACGCUUAGGAAGGAAAAGACAAAAUCCAAAGUUUGGGGUCUCCUUGGCAGAUCGAAGUCUAAGAGAAGCAAAAUGGCUACAGAAGAUGAAGCUUUGCCACCCGUACCUUCUGUCAAAGAUACAUGGAAUGUCACCUCAAUGCCUGGGCCAGCUCAGUAUUCCACUUCACUUGUUAACAAGAUCGACGAAAAGUACCCCGCUGUUACUACACGAUCCAGUUACUCUCCUUUUCAAUCUCCAAUACAUCCUCUUCCUUCUUUACAUAUCUCUCAAUCCUCUGCUCAACACCCAGCUCAAAACCGCCCUAGUGAUGCCUCAACUGUUGGUGUUGCACAAUCACAAUCAGCUGUGGGGACACCCUUUGACUCUCCCUCCAGAUGUCUCUUGACAUCUGGCCGGGGCGGGGUGUGGGAAAGUGUUGUUGGCUCCGUGGUUGAUCGGCCUUCAACUGACGGUCCUCGUGCUGCCAUCGAGGCUUUGAUGGGUCCGACUCGUUUGCCUAAAAGGAAAUCUCUUUCUAAUCUCUUCGGCUUGGGGGCAAGGAAGAGCAUGGAUAAGAUGAAGAGGGAUUCUCCAACUCGUGCACCUCCUUCAGCGUCUUGCAUAUCCGGCCAGCUUGUGCUCAAGUCCCUGACAGAAGAGGUCGAGGAGUCUGCUGAGGAGCCGCGACCCAUUCCAAUCUCUGCCUCUUCGGAUGUGUUUAACAAUCGACUCCCUUCUCUAGCUCAACCACCUAAGCAAGAAAAAGAAGUUAUCAGGAAAGCGGGUCUUCGACAUGUUGCAUCUGCCACUGACAAAUUGCUCAAUUUGGUUCAUGUCUUUGACUUCUCACCCGCAUCAAGCAAUAGCCCUACUUUGCACUUGGUGUCUUCCAGCAAUUCACUCAGACAAGGCUUCAAUGACAGUCCUACUCCUAUUCGCAAGGUCCGAUCUGCUAUGCUAGUUAAUAACAGGUCCAGCGCCAACUCUCUUAGACCACCUUCUGUUAAUGUCAGUCCACUCAAGCUUGCUUUGCAUCGAUCUCAAGCUGCUGCCAACAAGCAGGCCAAAGCUGAGGCUCCUGAGCGUUCGGAAUCUAUGAUCGAUUCGCCGCCUAGACAAAGCAUGGUCCGCAAAGGGAUGCGCAACAUCUUUGCCCCUCCUUCUCCCAUGGUUUCCAAGAACCCCGAUUCUACCAUGCUACACCUUGCCACUACAAGCAUUACCAAUGAGGCUGUUCGUAUGAGUCAGAUUCUGAAACAUACUGUCCUUUGUCAGAACAAUGAGCCCCUCCUCGAGGUCAAUGGAACAUCUGAUGUGCCUUUCGACCUGAAGGCAGUUGUCGUCAACACAGAAGCUGCCGAAUCUGGAUAUUCUCCAAACAAAACCUUGCGCCUCGGUCUCCCAGCUGCCCCUCCUCAAAACCGCAUCUCUCCCAGGCGACCUGGCCCCUCCCCUCCAGCGCUCUCGCUACCUCCUGUCCCUGAUGCUCUUCUACCAGAAAUCGAAAGCGCCCACUGUCUUGCCCCCGACGUCACCGCCGGGUGCGAUGCUCACGAUUCAAUAUUCGUCGAUACGCUGAGCGCGGGUUUCAACGAAUAUCGCAACUCGUUUGACUUUACUAGCGAAUACCAGGCUUUGGAUCAGGGCACCCAGCGGGCUUCUUUUGUAGAAGCUUUGAGAAACGUGGGAAGCGUUCAGAUGUUCAUGGGCGAUGACCUUUCCGCAGUGCCUGCAGCGGCCACAAAAACUACAGCAAUCUCCCUUGUUGACCAGGUUCCAUCCUUUCACAUUCAAAAACCUUCCGAUAGCACAACACAGCACAUUGUUAGCCAUAAUUCGGAUGACUCGGAUGAUGAAGACGAUGAGCUUGGUGAUGAAGAGGCUUUCGAGCAUGUUGCGGAGAUCCACCAUGUCAUGGGUAUUGCCAAGACCAGUCCUGCCCGUCGCGAACCUUUCAAGGGUCAAGUCGCCUUCCAACAACACAUGUCCAUGAAGCAACAGCCUAGCCAUGCUUCUUUCGGAGCUCCCGAGGCUGUGACUCCGAUGGAACUAGCUCCCUUUCCGACUCUUCCACCGCCACUUGUCAACUUCGAGCCUCGUGGCCAUAAGCGAGCAGAGUCCAGCGUUGCUACUAUGUCUAGCAUUGGUUCCGUCAUUGGCACUGGCGCAGAGCGGGAGUACACCAAUUACUUUGACUACGUGGUGCCUUCUGCUCAGUCGCACUCUCGCCAGCCUUCUCUGACCGGGACAAUUGAAGAAGUUGCCAAUGAGCGCUUACCAAGACAUUCUCCGUCUCGCGAAUCUCUCGCUAGCUUUACUUUUGGUGCUCAGCUCUCUAGUCGACCUGUGACUCGGAGAGGUCACCACCGUCGAAACUCAUCCAUCCAGUCUGUGGACUCUGUUGGCGGUUCCGAUUACAAUUCAUUGAUAGGUAAUGGUCCUCCUGUCAGUAUGCACAACAACCGACGGUCGUCAUACGUCAGCAAGCAUCGCCGAAACCUUUCCAGCCAAAGCUCCUUGGGUCGCCCAGACUGGGCUGCUCAUCGCCGCAACACCUCCGCUGCCAGCAGCACCUGUUCAAACACCUCAGUGUCCCAAAUUCUCCGACCCGGCCUUGGCGAUAGGAUGUUCCAGCUUGAUGGUGGGGUGCAACUCACGUCUAUCUCGGGAUCGCCCCCUGACGACGCCGCCAAAGCUUCUACGUCAUGCCAGCGUUCAGCUUCGUGGGACAGUCUAUUCGAUACGACUUGUGGCAAGAUCGCUCAUGAUUCUCUGUUUGAUGCUAGUCGGGCUAGGGUGGUUGAUGACUCGUUAUUCAACGCUCCUUCCGCACCGCGAGAGUCUUUCAUGUCUUCAGCCGAUGAAUCGUCUCGAACUUCGAUCGGUGCCGAUUCCUUCUUCGGACCUGAGCAGCAGUCGGCCAACGAUAAAUUCUUCCUUCGGGGCUUGCGCCCCAUCUCAACCAUCUCCACCGACACCAGCAAUUCAAUCGCUGACGAUACCUUUGCGGACGCAAUGGCCAGAAAUGUUACUAAAAGGGUACGUGAGCUUGAAAGAUGUUUGCAGGGCAGCGGUGAGGAUAUGUCAAAUAUCACCCCACUUGGUAAAAAGAAAACUCAGGCAGCUGGUGCGCGCCAAAUGCUUGGAUCCUCCAUGGCCCGCCCUCCCAAGCCUGGACACCGACGUCCUGCUGAGCUUGUUUUCUCGGAUGUGCCCAUCGAUACUCCGGGACUUACUUCUCCUUCGGCGUCCGAGACCUCCAGUAGGCUGUCACUCGACACGAAUGCUGCUUCGUUCACCCUUGGUGCCCGUGCUCGAGGGCAUCGCCGGCAAACCUCGUCUGCUCAGGUUAACAUUGAUGCGACCAUUCAUGAAAUGCCCUCCUUGGCCACACUCCGUCCAAACAGGUCAUUUACUAGUCCUGCACGAACUUUUGCCAUUGCUUCUCAAAAUGAUCUUACUAUCGUGGGCGUUGAAACUCUCGAGAUGGAAGAAGAAGUUAAUAGGCUCGAUUCGGUCAGGACUUGGGUGCAGUGGGAGAGGGAAGCCAUGGAUGAGUUCAGAAAGGCUAAGAAUGUGUGGGUGGACAGCGAAGAAUCGAGGAUGGCUAUUUCUGACUGGAACAUGCCACGGACCACGGAUGAAAUUGCGGCGUUCCUUACCCAAUCCUCCCAAGCCUAUAAACCACUUGAGCAGCUUCCCGUUGGUCGUAUUGCCCAUCGUCGCAAAUCGUCACUCAAUGACGCUCGAUCCCUUUGUUCUCCUUACGGUCUGCCUCUCCCAAAACCAGUCCCUGUCAACAAGCCCAAAAUGUCCCUUACCACCAAGUAUGAGAAGAAGAGCUCCACUGGAUCCAAGGCGUCAACCACCCCCUCAGCUUUUAGCUUUGCCUUCCCCGACGAUGUACCCGAGGCUCCUGCAUCUGCUCCUAUUCCUGUUAUUUCUCCUUUUGCCACCGUUUUUGCUCCUUUCGCUAGGGAAACACCCUCCUCUCCACCGCCUAAAAUUGCUCCGUUCAAGCCCAUCAGUCCUUUCCAGCUCCCUGUGCUCGACACCUUUGGGGUUCGCAAGCAUCUUGAGGACAAGACCAAGGCAAAGAACGUGAGGAAGGCGGAACAGCAGUCAGAGAGGAAGCGGGUGGACUCUAAAGCCAAGAGACAAGCCCUCGGUUGGGGAAGGAAAAGAGACUCGGACAGGCGUGAGAUGGUUGUGAAUGUGAACAAGCCCGGGAAACCCGAGCCUGGGUCCAAUGUCUCAGCUCUCAAGCCUCCGCAGUUGAAGCCUCUUAUACUUCCUGCUAAAGCGACUGCACGACGCAAGGACAAGGAGAACGUGUACAUGGAUGAAAUUUCGUCAUCAUGUAUCAGUGGGCCUGAAAGAGCUAUCAAUAAACCGAGACCAUUGAAAGACAGAGGGACUAAUAAGUCACCUGCUAAGCGCAAGCCAAUUCCACGAUAUGUGGCUAGUCAACCUUCAGGGCUUCGGGUGUAAAUUAUUCUAUGCUCUGCUUUGCUUUUGGUGGCCACCUGUUGUUCUGUAACUUGAUUUCACUUGGGUAUACCGCUUAACUAAUUUUCUGUAUCCUAUUCUAUUCUUGUUUUAUAUUGUUUUUGGACAGCGGACCGUCGUCAUUCGUAAUUAAAGCCACGACCAUAUGGCGCGUCUAUGUCUAGUCGGGGAGUAACAAUAAUAUAUGUGCAUAGAUUGUUAGUGUGUUUGGAAAUCACGGAUCGAAAUAUUUUGAUAGGUGCUCAAGGUCAUUGCAGAUACGCCAUGUAUAUAAACACAAAUGAUGGUUUGCAUCAUUAAGUCAUUGAUCAUUAGUUUAUGCAGUAUACAAG